CAGGGAUCAUAAAGAAACGCCUUUCUUGCUCCAAUAAAUAUCCCGAGAACCGUCGGCCGCAUCGAUGACCGUGGUGUAGCCCUAGUGGUCGACCGACCCCUCUUGAUCAUGUCCUUGCGCUUCUCCCUCUCCUCCUUGCCCCCCUUUCGUCGGAACGCUGUCCUCUUCCUGAUCCCCGCCUCGCGACCUCUCAUGGCGCCGACCAAGGUGGUCGCGGAGUACGCCAAGUCCGGCCGGUCCUCGUGCAAGAGCUGCAGUAAGGCGAUCGCGGCCGGCGCGCUGCGGCUCGGCUCCUCGGCCAAUGACCCGCGUGGGUUCGAUCUCGUCCGUUGGUUCCACGUUGAUUGCUUCCCGGCCGAGUCCCUCGCCCUUGCCGCCGCCGACGAGAUCGUCGGCUUUUCAUCUUUGAAGGACCACGAAAAGGACGCAUUGAGGAAGCUGGAGCCUUCCGCAUCAUCAAACCAAAUAACUGAAGAGGUCCAUAAAAGAUGUCGUGGUGCAUAUGUGAAGAUGGAGGCAAAGAGUUCAAAGAAACCAAAGAUCUGCAUUGCGGAUGAAGCUGGGAGUGAAGAUUUGGUGGAAGAGAGACCAGAGGGACAAAAGGCUGGUUCUCAUCUAUCUGUAAAUGCAAAACACAAUUUCCUACAGAUGGAUUUUCAUAUUUCUGACACCAAAGAUAGGUACAAGGAUGCCACACUACCACCAAAAUGGAUAGCCUUUAGGACAAUAAUUUUUAAUGAGAAGGAAGAUGGCUUCCAUGAUUCAGAAAGAAUUGCUGCAUUUGAUUUUGAUGGUUGUCUUGUGAAUACAUCUGUGAAAAGAAUUGGUCCUGAUGCUUGGUCUCUUAUGUAUCCAUCAAUUCCAGAGAAAUUGCAAGAACUAUAUAAGGGUGGCUACAAGCUGGUUAUUUUUACCAAUGAAUCCAAUAUUGAGCGUUGGAAGAACAAGCGACAACAAGCAGUGGAUUCCAAAAUAGGACGGCUUGAAAACUUCAUCAAGUGUGUUAAAGUACCAAUUCAGGUAUUUAUCGCUUGUGGGCUGGGGAAGAACAAGGAUGGGACUGAUGAUCCUUUUCGGAAACCACAACCAGGAAUGUGGAAACUAAUGGAGGAACACUUCAAUUCUAGCAUUGCAGUCGACAUGGAUCAAUCCUUUUAUGUUGGUGAUGCAGCAGGAAGAACUAAUGAUCACAGUGAUGCAGAUAUAAAAUUUGCCAAGGUGGUGGGAUUGAAAUUUUACGUUCCGGAAGAGUUCUUUGGAGCAUAAGAUGACCUUUCCAUCUGCCGCCUCAACUUUUUGUGGGCAUAUAUACUUUUUCUUGGUAGACUAGUGUGGACACCAUGGGCGAUGUACUUACUGUGUGGUAGUAUGGUUAAUCUUCUCGGUUGGCUCAUUGGAGCCAAUUUAUCUGGUGGCUGCAGAACAAGCAGCGGAUUCUCUCAAAAGAUUGAUCUCAGUCAGCGUCAACGUUCUGUUCCGCAUGCAAUGUAUUCACAAUCGUGUCUUUUUUAUUUAUUUAUUUAUUUUUUCUUUGACCGCCCUUCCCCUCCAAA